CCAAUAGAAAGCUGCCAAGAUGUCACGUGCUAUAACGGCGGCCAAUGCUUGUACGAGUGGAAUGCGUACACGUGCAACUGUGAUAUGACGUCAUUUUCCGGUCCAGCCUGUGAUGAUGGUGACAACAUCAUCAACAACGACAUCAACAACAACAACAAUGACAUUAACAACCGCAACUACUACAACAACAACGACAAUUUGGGUCUGAUAACGAUAACAUUUAGUGACAGUGAACGGGCCGACACCACCCAAGACAGUUUUGGUCUCGGUUUCGUCUCGAGACAGAGUAGAGACGAGAUUGCAACACUAGCUAGAAUCAUUAGCGGCAACUCUAAUGAUUAUCUGCAAAACCGUUUAUCGAUACUACCGCAGAGAAACGGUUACAUCUUCGUGGUGUACAAUCUCGGGACAGCUGACCACUCCAUCGGGGACACAUCGAACGUUGUAAAUGACGACAAAUACCACGUGAUCAGAUUUAACAGGGUUGGGCCAAACUCGACGCUGCAAGUCGAUAACCGACCGAUUGUUACUAAAUAUCCGACAGGUGAUUACAGUAAUGAGGAUGGUGGUAGAAAAAGAUGA